CGCUGCUGUCUGCCGUUGAAAAAGCAGCCGACAGCUCAGUGUGGGCACUGACAGCAUGGCAGGAGACAGCGAGAGCAAGUUGGACAAUCAAGCCGACAAUGAUGUUGUCAGGCAACCUUUCCUCAUCGGGGUAGCCGGCGGCACUGCCAGCGGCAAGUCAUCAGUUUGUGGGAAGAUCAUGGAGCUUCUUGGCCAAAAUAAGAUCGACCAUCAUCAGAGGCAGGUGGUCAUCCUCAGUCAGGACAGUUUCUACAGGGUACUAACCUCUGAACAGAAGUCCAAGGCUCUUAAAGGACAAUUCAACUUUGACCACCCAGACGCCUUUGAUAAUGAGCUGAUAGUCAAGACCCUGUGCGAUAUCAUGGAGGGAAGAACUGUCCAAAUUCCAGUCUAUGACUUUGUUACCCAUUCAAGAAAGGAGGAGACGGUGACGGUAUAUCCAGCAGAUGUGGUUUUAUUUGAAGGAAUCCUUAUGUUUUACUCGCAAGAAAUCCGAGAUCUGUUUCAGAUGAAGCUGUUUGUGGACACGGAUGCGGAUACGCGGCUGUCACGCAGAGUCCUGAGAGACAUCAGUGAGAGAGGUCGUGACCUUGAACAAGUGCUGAGCCAAUACAUAACAUUUGUCAAGCCUGCCUUUGAAGAGUUUUGUCUGCCAACGAAAAAGUAUGCUGAUGUGAUCAUUCCAAGGGGAGCUGAUAAUCUGGUUGCCAUAAAUUUAAUAGUGCAGCACAUUCAGGAUAUUCUGAAUGGUGGCCUAACCAAACGCUUGAACGGUUGCCUCAAUGGUCACAGCACGCCUCGUAAACGGCAUCCCUCAGAGUCCAGCAGCAGGCCGCACUGACCGGACCUCUUGCAGGAUGUAAGGGAAUGCAAGAAGAAAAGAAUGUACAAAGGAUGCAAAGGGAGCGGAUGGACGAAUCGAACGAUUGGUCGUAAAAUUUGUUAAUUUGCCAACACUGUAUUUAAGACAAAGAGUUUCAAAGACUACCUUUUUUCAUACUGCUUUCUACUUUUUGGCUCCGCAUGUUGUUCGAGGAAUUCUGGGAUAGUUAAAGGUCAAAAUGCGUUUUCUUUUUUCAAUAUUUAUUUCAGUAUUUUUAUUUUUAUGUACCUUUUGAAUAAUAUAAUUGUUAAAUAAAUGGGGACGGGGAGGGUAUAAAUAUUUGAAAAAUAUAUGACUUAUAUAUAAAUAUUAUGAUAAAGUAAUUGAGUUUUACUUAUAUUAUUUUUUAAUAUUAUUGUUAAUGUUAUUUUAUCUCUCUUACCGCUUUUUUUGCAACUGAGGUUUUAUGAGCAACCUUUCAUUUUGUCAAUAAUUUUCAGAGGCCAAAGACAAUGGUGCUUUGAAACCCUUUCUGUUUCCUCGCUUACUUGACAGUCAUGUUGUUACCAAGUGGACUAUUUUAUUUAUUUUUUUUAUACAAUGUCGCUUUGAAAUCAGUGUUUUUUGUCAGAACGAUAGCUGUUAAUUCCUCCAUUUAACUUGAACAAUUUAGACAGUGUUGCUAAUUCACAACAGGCCUCUCAGGGUAUAGUUAUUAUAACAGAAAAUGACUUAUUCUAACAGGAAAGAGACAAGAUGGUAUUUGUUAGUUUAACUGGUCCUAUAGGCUUGAAUAGUGUUAUAUUGACUGACUUUACAUCUAAAAGAGUUAAUUUGGUGAUUAGAUAAAACCAUUCAUAGAUCUUGCAAACUUUUGAAAUACAGAAGUAGCCUCCUGUGAAGUGGCACGGAGGACAGCCCAACUCAAUUCUGGCUUCCUGUAAAAAUAAGUGCCAGUCACUGGCUAGGUGUUGUCAUGUACUUAAAAAACAAAGCAUAGUUGAUAUAAACCACAAGUUAGUUAUCAAGGGAAUUAUGUUCAUAUACUAUGCACUGUACCCUUAACUCUAAUGCAAUUUUACAUUCAGUUUACGACACUCGUGUAUUAAAUUGCUUAAGGGGCAUUUAGACAAAAAGGCAGAUGUGUUUAGGCUACUUGAAAAUAAUUUUCUUUCUGUUCUAUUGGUCUCAUGUUUUUCAUGUGUUGUGACUUUAUAGAUGCCCAUGCAGGUUACCCACUAAAUAUACACCAAGAUGCCAUUUAUUAUUUGACAAUUGAUUAAUUAAGUAUUCUUUAACUUUUCCCAUUUCAGGUGCUUUGAUAAACAUACACAGUGCUAAUUUUGCAGUGUAGCUCAAUAUUUUGUUACUAUUUUAUUUACCUGUAUUGUGAAACUACAGAUAAAUCAUUUUAUUCCACUCUGCUAAAAUCAUUCAGGGAUUUGGGUUGUAAAAUACCCAACAAUCGACCCAGGGUUUUCACCCAAACAAGAAACCUGACCUUGACUGUACAUUGAUUCCAUAUCACUUACCUUUUAUCUAGAAAUCUUUACCAUUGUGUAACACUCAUCCAUACAUGGGUUAAUCAUUUGUAUAAAUACUGCUGUUACUUAAUUUAAUUGUUUUGUACUUCUGGCUGGCUUUCUUCUGCAUUGCUGCUACGAUACAGGGUGACUCAUUUGCCAUCCAAUGUAAAAAAUUAUGUAUAAUUCGAUGUGAAUAUCUUUUUAUUUAGCCCAUUUGACGUAUGAGUAACCUCAUAUAAAUAUGAAAUUAGAUUAUUGUAUUUAAUCAUAAUUUAUUCACAAUCUUUCUUGUGACUUAAAUAUUUAUUUGAUUGACAAAGAAAAUUUUUCGCCUGUUUGGCCACAGCCAUAAAUCAGUAUUUUCUAAAGUUUAAAACCAUUACAGCAGAUUUGGAAGCUUUUGUAUAUUGAAAAUAUAUACUUAUCAUGCUGAAUUCCUUUUGAAAUGUUACAUGGCCUAGCCAAAGGUUUUUGAAGUACAGCAUUAUAUACAACACAUACCAGAACACAAAACACACAAGGCUGUCUGAGACCACUCGUUUAUUAAAGAUGGGCUUGGGUUUAUCAGUACAGAUUUAAACACCAGCUUUUGAAAAUGAUGCAAUACUCCUUACAAACAGCUAAGCCCUUAAUACCGUCAAGGUUUCAUUACUAUCAUUAUCUUAACAACUUGCACACUCUUUGUGUAAUCCUACUUGACUUGAAAUGGUGCAGAUAUAUUACAUUGUUACUGAAAUGUUUGGGAUUAUAUCUGUUUAUCACUGUUUAAUGUGGAAUCAAUUAGUUAGCUCCCACACUACUGUUUGUAAUUAUGGUAAAAACUGCAACGUGUGACGUCCAUGUUGAUUUGGGAGAGAAAUUCCAGUCUGGAACAGUUCAAUCUUUUUUUUUUUUUGCUGAAAACUAAGCUUGUUGCUUUAGGGAUGGAUUUCAGAAGUAUGGUGUUAUGCAUGAUGUAACAUUAUGUUAAACACAUUUUUGUUUUUUAAUUUCCAAUGGCUUUAAUUUGUGAUACUUAAGAAGAGGGUGGGAAAUGUAAAGAAAGCUUAAAGGGAUUGUUCACCCAAAAAUGAAAAUUCUGUCUCACCCUCUAAACAUAAAUGAGUUUCUUUAUUCAAAAUAAAGAUAUCCUGAUAAUCGAUGGUAAUCACACAGUUGACGGUACCUAUUGACUUCAAUAGCAAAAAAAAAAUGUGGAAGUCAGUGGGUACCGUAAACUGUGUGGUUAUCAUCAUUUAUCAAGAUAUCUUAUUUUGUGUUCAACACAAUGAAGAAACUAGUACAGGUUCAGAACAACAUGGGAGUGGUAAAUUAUGACAGAAUUUUCAUUUUUGGGUAACUUAAGACACUGACAACAGAAUUGUUUUCAUUGCAUGCUCAAAACAUGUUGUUGCACCAAACAGAACUAUAAUGGCAAGGCUUUAAACAGGUUCUGUGACAUUGUGUCAAUAAUGAGUGUUAAUAAAACUUCAUCUUAAACCAUUUCAUUCCUGAAGCUAAAUAGAUGGACUUUGGUCAAUUUUAAGUGUCCAUGUUGUUUAAUUAAUAAAUCCAUAAUAUCUGAAUCAUGAUGUAAAUGUGUAAACAAUUGCAGAAAGUUGUAUAACAAAGUGAUGGACAGCAAAGCUAAAUAAAAGUUUUUGUACCGCUA